AUGAUCACCACCAGGUUAGCCAUUCGGGGCUCCGUCGCCUCCAGGCGGGCGACGGCUCAGCUUCUCAAAUCUCUGAACACCUCCUCGGUCCGACCUGCAUUCAUGGUCGUUCAGCACAUCCAGGCUCCGGCUUAUCAACGCCAGUUUUCCUCCUCAGAGAGUCCCAAGAUCCAGAAGUUCUUCGAAAAGAAAGAAACAGAAAUGGUCCGCAGAACACCAGCGGCAUGGCCCCACCCUGAAUUCAGCGAAAAUCAGAUGGAUGGGGUCCAAAUCGCUCACCGAGAACCCCAGACAGCAUCUGACAAAGCCGCUCUUCUUGCUACCAGAGUGCUCAGAUGGGGACUGGAUAAAGCCACUGGCUAUAAGCACAAAGAAGGUGCCAUGACUGAGGAGAAGUACAUGAUCAGAAACGUCUUUCUUGAGAGCGUGGCGGGCGUACCUGGAAUGGUCGCGGGUAUGCUCAGACAUCUCAACUCAAUGAGGCGUAUGAAGCGCGACAAUGGAUGGAUUGAGACACUGCUCGAGGAAAGCUACAACGAGCGGAUGCAUUUGCUCACUUUUCUCAAGCUGAGUAAGCCUGGUCCUUUUAUGCGCCUUAUGGUUCUAGGCGCUCAAGGAGUCUGGUGUAACGCAUUGUUUUUCGCCUACCUCAUCAGUCCUCGCACCGUUCACCGCUUUGUCGGAUAUCUGGAAGAAGAAGCUGUCUUCACGUACACACGUCAACUGCAAGAUCUUGAUGCAGGACGUUUGCCCAAGUGGGAGAAGCUGAUGGCUCCUGACAUCGCGAUUGACUACUGGAAAAUGCCUGAAGGCCACCGCACCAUGCGGGAUCUACUCCUGUACAUCCGUGCAGAUGAGAGCAAGCAUCGGGAGGUGAACCACACGCUCGGCAACCUCAACCAGAAAGAGGACCCCAAUCCCUACGCGAGCGAAUACAAAGACCUAUCAAAGCCACACCCAAGCAAAGACCUUGCGCACCAGAAACCCACCGGCUGGGAACGACACGAGGUCAUCUGA